AGGACACCUACGCCUCGGAGGAGCUGGUGGACCAGCAGCCUGUGCUGCUGAAGGUGAUGGAAACGGCCGACCAGGAUGGUCCUGGGAACUGUGAGCGCUACCUGCGUUGGGCAAGCGCCUUCCUCGUCGUCUACAGCAUCGAGGAUCGGAACAGCUUCGAGGGCUGCCAGCGCUACCUGGAGAUCCUCGCCCGGCACGUGAGGGGCUGCCAGCGCCGCUGCCCUGUGCUUCUGCUGGGGAACAAGCUGGACAUGGAGCAGUACAGGCAGGUGCCCGCGGCCGAAGGGAUGUCCCUGGCGACCAGGUUUGGGUGCCUCUUCUACGAGGUGUCGGCGUGUCAGGACUUCGCGGGGGUGCAGCACGUCUUCCACGAAGCGGUGCGGGAGGUGCGGCGCCAGGUGGAGGGGAACCCACCUGUCCGGCCACUCUUCAUCACUGAGGAGCUGGUGGCCACGCCGGUGGCCCUGCCCACUCGCCACGGCUUGGCCAGUUGCACCUGCAACACCCUCUCCACUGUCAACUACAAGGAGAUCCCCUCGGUGGCCCAGGCCAAGCUGGUCACCGUCAAGUCCUCGCGGGCUCAGAGCAAGAGGAAAGCUCCCACGCUCACCUUGCUGAAAGGCUUCAAGAUCUUUUAG